CGACGUCACGGCCGCCGUUUGGUGGCCAGAUCGCAGAACGCACAUAAUUAAGAGCGCGCGGCCUCCUCACUGAGAGAUCAGCACCUCCAUCAGCAUCGCUCAUCCGAUCCCCGGCCGCACGAGAUAGCGCGCGCUCUCACUGGCCAUGGCCGGCGUCUUGCCGAGGUUCGGCCCCUUCGGCCCGCUGCCGGCCUACGAUGAGUUCGGGAUCAAGGAGACGAGGCCCCGCCUCCCCGGCGGGCGCACCGGCGGCUACGACCUGGUGGAGAGGAUGGAGUACCUCUACGUGCGCGUCGUCAAGGCGCGGGAGCUCAAGUGGGGCGGCGGCGAGUUCGACCCGCUGGCGGAGGUGAAGCUCGGGAGCUACUCCUGCGCCACGCGCCACAUCGAGAAGACCGCCGGCCCCGAGUGGAACGACGUGUUCGCCUUCUCCCGGGAGCGCCUGCAGGCGUCCUUCCUGGAGGUGUUCGUCCGCGGCCGGGGCUUCGCCAAGGACGAGUACGUCGGGCGCGCGCGCUUCGACCUGGGCGACGUGCCGGUGCGCGUGCCCCCCGACAGCGCGCUCGCGCCCAUGUGGCACCACGUCUUCGACGGCAACGGGGAGCGCUGCGGGGAGGUGAUGGUGGCCCUGUGGAUCGGCACGCAGGCCGACGAGUGCUUCCCGCUGGCCGUGCACGCGGACGCCGCCUUCGCCGUGGACGCCAAGCUCGCCGCGCACAUCCGGUGCAAGCAGUACACGGUGCCGCGGCUGUGGUACGUGCGCGUCAACGUCAUCGAGGCCCGCGACGUGGCCUUCGCGGACAAGGCCCGCGUCGGCGAGCUCUUCGUGCGCUCGCGCCUCUCCACGCAGGUGCUCCGGACCAAGACGUGCGUGUCCCGCCUGCCGUCCUACGGCUGGAACGAGGACCACCUGUUCGUCGCCGCCGAGCCGUUCGAGGACCACCUCAUCAUCUCCGUCGAGGACCGCGUCAAGGUCGACAAGGAGGAGGUCAUUGGCCACGUCCACAUCCCCUUCAGCGACUUCGAACGCCGGUGGGACACACGCCCGAUUCGCCCGAGGUGGUACAACUUGGUGCAACCAGAAGGAGCCACGAAAAUCGACAAGUUCUCCUGCAAGGUCUGCGUCCGGCUCUGCCUGGAAGGCGGGUACAGGGUCCUGUCGGAGCCCAUCCACUACCUGAGCGACGUCCGGCCGGCGGCCAGGGAGCUGUGGCACGGGCGGCCUCCCAUUGGCCUCGUGGAACUCGGCAUCCACCACGCCUUCGGCCUCAGCGCUCUGCGUGCGCGCAACGGGCGAGGCUCCUGCGACGCCUACUGCGUGGCCAAGUACGGCAGCAAGUGGUUCCGCACGCAGACGGUGAUCGACAGCCUCGCGCCGCGGUUCCACCAGCAGUGCUUCUGGGAGGUGCACGAGCACUGCACCGUGCUCACCGUUGCCGUCUUCCACAACUGCCAGAUCGGCGAGAAGGGCGGCCUCGCCACCGGCGACCCCGUCAAGGACGUCCUCCUCGGCAAGGUGCGCAUCCGGCUCUCCACGCUCGAGACCGGCCGCAUCCACACGCACGCGUACCCGCUCAUAUCCCUCCACGCCGGCGGCAUCAAGAAGAUGGGGGAGCUCCACCUCGCCGUGCGCUUCUCGAGCACGUCCACGCUGGGCCUGCUCCAGACCUACUCGCAGCCGCACCUGCCGCGGAUGCACUACCACUGCCCGCUGUCCGUGGUGCAGCAGGAGAGGCUGCGGCGGGAGGCGGUGGCGGUCAUCGCGCACCGGCUGGGCCGGAUGGACCUGCCGCUGCGGCGGGAGUGCGUGGAGCACCUCUGCGAGGCGCACGGGCACCGGUGGAGCAUGCGGCGCAGCAAGGCCCACUUCUUCCGCAUCGUGUCCGCGCUCGCGCCGCUGUUCGCCGCGAUCAAGUGGUUCGUCGACGUCUGCCACUGGAGGAACCCGGUGACGACGGUGGCCGUGCACAUCAUCUACGCCAUGCUCGUGUGCUGCCCCAACCUCAUCCUGCCCACCUUCUUCCUCUACAAGUUCUGCCUGGGCCUGUGGAACUACCGGCGCCGGCCGAGGCACCCGUGGCACGUGGACACCAAGGUGUCGCACGCCGUGACGGCGCACCUGGACGAGCUCGACGAGGAGUUCGACGAGUUCCCGACGGCGCGGCCCCACGAGGUGGUGCGCAUGCGGUACGACAGGCUGAGGAGCCUCGGGGGCCGGAUACAGGAGAUGGUCGGCGACGUGGCGUCGCACGUCGAGCGCGCGCGGUGCGUGAUGACGUGGAGGGACCCCCGCGCCACGGCCAUGUACCUGCUGGUCUGCUUGUGCCUUGCCGUGGUCACGUUCGUCGCGCCGUUCCAGGCGGUGGCGCUGCUGUCCGGGUUCUACCUGAUGCGCCACCCGAGCCUCCGGCAGAGGCUACCCGACGUGCCGGCCAACUUCUUCCGGCGCCUGCCCUGCAAGGUGGAUUGCCUGCUUUAGGCCCUGUUCGGAACUUGGCCGCUCCGCGGAGUUGGGGAGCUGGCUUUUAGCAGCUUCAUCAAAUUAAGCUAAAGUCUUGUCCACUCCCGGAGUGGAGUUAAAGAAGUAGAGAGAAACCGAACACAGCCUUAAUCAGAGCACAUUUUGGUUUGCUCCUCCUGUACUGCUGUUACUUUUUGAUGUACUCAAAAAAUUGUAGUAUUCCCUUCCGUUAUUAUUACUCCUGGUCUAUAAGACUUCUGGGAGCAGCCAAUGUGCCGUAUCUACACCCUCCAAAAUUGUUUUAGAGCAUCGUUCAUAAU